AAAGCACGUCACUGAGGCUCUUUACGUAUUCAUGUCAGGGUUUGUCCGUGUGUCUGUCUGUGCGCUCAGUGACGUAGCCUCUGCAUCACGCUGGUGCUGAGGAGGAAAUGUGGGACAAGAGAGACAGGUCUGCAGUGAAGACACAGGGAGGGAGGCAGGAACAACACCUCUGCUGCAGUCUGCAUCAUUUAAAACAAGCAUGAGAAAACCCAGUCUGCACCAAGUCUGAGGACCCCCCCACCCCUCUGAGCCAGUCUCUGCUGCUAUCUCCAGCAACAGCAUCUGCCUGUGUCCCGUGUCUGCAUCAGUGCUUCAUCCAUUGGCUCAAACAUGGACGGAUUCCGGCUGCCACCAGUGAUAGAGGAAAUUGUUGAUCCGUCUGGUGACCUGUGUGAGCUAAAGGAGGAGAAGCCUAUCAUGUUGGCAGAGACACUGACCGCCAAAGAGCGCGAGUCCCUCGAGGAGAAGGACAUGCCAAUGGAUGAGGACAAAGAUGAGGAGGAGAAAGAGGUUAAGGAGGAGAAAUGUGAAGACACAGCAGAGGAAAGAGAAGAAGAAAAGAAUGAAGAGCAAGAGGUGGAGGAGCUAAAGGCCCAGGUGGUGCAGCUGCUGCUGGAGCUGGAAGAAACCAGGGAGGUGUCUCAGCGGCACGAGGAGAGCUUUAUGGAACUGCAGGGUCUACUAGAGGAGGAAAGACUUGCAAGUGCCCAUCAGGCUGAGAGCUUUACCAGACAGAUUCAAAGGCUACAAGCUCAGCUGCGGUCUGUGCAGGAAGAGAUGGACAGCAUGGAGGAGGAGAAAGAGAGUGAGCUGGAGGAGGUGCAGGAGGAGCUGCGCACAGCCCAGGAGGAGGUGCUGAUGUUGCAGCAGGCGGCCGAGGAGGCAGCAGCAGAGCGAGAGAACGAUAUUGCCUCUCUACAGGAGGAGCUGUGCCGAGUCAGAGCUGAACUGCAACGCCUGUACGCCACCACACAAGAGUAUGAGCUGGAGAUCACCUCUCUGAAGGCUGAGAUCAGUAUGAAGAGCCAAAGCCCCACAACUGAAUCACACGGACACAUUACUCAACUUAAGGAUGAGGUAAUUUCUCUGACAGAUCAACACAAGUCAUUAGAUGAUGACAACAAAGAACUUAGUCGUAAAGUGGAGCACUUGCAGGAGCAGCAAAGAGAGCUCCAUGAUGAAGAUGUAUACUUGGCUGUGCGAGAGGAGGGCUCCCCUAAUGAAUCAUGGGAAAACCCACUGAAGUCUGACACAUAUAUUACUCUGCAUCAGUCCAAUCCUGAAUACAGUGAAGUGCCAGAGGACUCCAUUCAAGUGCUUAGUGGCCUGAGGGGGCAGCUGAAACGAGCAAAGGAGAUAGCUCAGAAAGUACAAAAAGAAUGUGAGAGUUUAAAGGGGGAGCUAGCUGAGCUGCAGCAGCUCUAUGACAUCAGUCAACGUGAGCGAGCCUCUCUGGAGCAGGAGUUACACAGAUGUAAGACACAAUUGGAAAAACUAGCAGGCAAGAAGUCUCAGACCGACUCUGAAGGCUGGACGCUGACAGUGGCAGUGGUUGCCGUGGCAGCGGUUGCAGCUCUGGUCAUCCCCAGUUUGAACAGAACCUGAGGACCAAAGACGGAGACCCAGCGAGUAUCAUCCAGCGCAUUGCCCUAAAUACUGUGUGUCUGCUUCUUGCAUUGCUCCGUUUGUGCACCACUGGUGAGGACACUUUGGAUCUGGGGCCCACAGGAGUCUGUGCUCUGUUUACAGGCAAUGUUCAGAUUAUUUUAAAUUACAUAAAUAUCCACAAACAUGGGAUCAAGGUCAACUACAAGACUUAAUUUCCACAAACCUCAAAUUAUAUAAAAUUAUUUUUACCACUAGAGGGCAAUAAUCUGCACCUCUACUUGGAACAUAGUACAGAUAUAGUUGUUUGUAUAUAUAUAAUAAUUCAAUUAAAUUGAAUAGAAUUUUAAGGCCAGUGGCUUUUGCUUUUGAAUAUUUUUACAAACAUAGGGGUUCAAAGUACUUAGCCUUAUUGUUCAAAAUAGUUUGCACUGUUGUGUGCUUUCAGAGCCCUGUAAGGACACUAUAAGAGCACACCAUGACAGUUUGUUGUUGGACGAUGUUCCAUUCAUUUUUGUAGCAAUUAAAUGUGCAAGAAAAACUGGAUAAUUAGCUUUAUUUCUGUAUUUUACAUUGCAUUUUUAACACUUUAUAGUUCUGACACUAUAUCUUGAUGUUUACACUGACCUAGUAGCAUGAAUAAGUCACUUUUGUUUUCAUCAAGAGAUUGUUUAUGAAGACGGGUUUCACUGUGUCAGAUUUAGGCCUUGGUUUUCUUUGGACCAUGUGUUAUCCAUUUCAGGAUAAUUAUUUUUAAAAUUUCUUAUUAUAUAAUGUUCAGCUCUGUAAAUAAGUCAUGUUAAAAGGGGUUAUAGACUGAUAUUUUUUUGGAAAGUUACACAAAAGUUUACUUUUUUGAUGUUUACAUAUUGCCAAAUAUUAGAAAAUGACAAAUCAAAUUAAUCACUGUGGAGUUGUUUGGUUUAAGUAAAGGCUAAAUUUCCCUUUCCCCUUAUUCACCAGUUACACUGAAGUAAAGAUGACCACCCCAGCUGAAUGUAAAUUAUUAAUGACAGAUAAGUGUAAAUAACAUUUUUGAAAUCGUGUAUCUCUCAAUGGGACAUUUUAAUUAAACAGAUUAGUGUCUAAAUUCUAUAAAAUAUUCAUUUAAAGAUUAAUCUCUAUCAUCAUCAUUUUUGUUGUAAGAAAAGUCAGUUACAGUCCGUAGACUUCCAUGUUUUUGUACAGCAUCUUUUUAUUAAGUUUACAUUUCCUCUGUGAAAUAAUGUGUAUUAUGUAAGUUUGCAAAUCUUUCAAGAAUCCAGCUGUCAUUAUACACCACAUGUUAAAAUGGUCCUAAUGUAGUUAGUUCAAAUUAAGACAGAUGAUUAUGUGAAAAUUAGCCUUUAGUCUUUAAUGUGUUGUUGCAUGUUACUCAGUGAUUUUGCAUGACCCAUGCCUGAGUAUAGCAUGAGCACCGCAAUUCACAUAUUGACUGCUUUAUUACUUGUUUGGUCCAGGGAAAUAAGUUAUGUAGUUUUAUUGGUCUUUAUCAUGUGUAAUACUAUGGUUAAACUCCAUUCAUGGAACCCAACAUCAGAGUCUAUGAUGAUUUUGCUUUGAUAUCUAUCCGUCUGUUUGAGUUGGUGAUUUUGUCAUGUACAUUGUUGAAAAUGAAUGAAUAAAAAGUCGUAGACUUUUG